GGUCUUGUUCGCUGCCUGCCAUGUCUACCACAGUUCUUUUCUCGACAUUUCCUCCAUUCCCAACUCUUUCUCUGUCUGUUUCUCCAGAAACCCGGUUCGAUGACCUGUACUCUCUGCUGUGCGAGCGCUACUCCGACCUCCCUCCUUCAGGGGACUUGAGAAUUUCGUCUCAUGCAGGAUCAGUCCCAACGCCGGACACCCUCAUCUCUGAUAUUCAUGGACGAGAUGUGACUCUUGUAACACUAAGACUGAUUCCUCGACUCCGAGGUGGCAAGGGAGGUUUUGGUUCGCAGUUGCGUGCCGCUGGUGGUCGCAUGAGUAGUCAAAAGACCAGCAACAACGACUCAUGCAGAGAUCUUAGUGGGCGCAGGCUCAGUACCAUCAAGACCGCGAAAAGGCUUGCGGAUUACAUGGGAAAUGAAGAUGGACGGAAGAAGGCUCAGGCUCAGGCCAAAAAAGCCAAGCUGGAGACACUCGAAAAGAAGAUUGCAGCUGCGUCAGGAGAUACGGAGGCUGUUGCCGGUAGGAAGCAUCGGUUCGAUGACACAGAAUACCUCGAGGAAAGCAGAGAAAUCGUGGACAACGUCAAAUCUGCAGUAUCUGCAGGUCUCAUGAAGAAAAAGAAGAAGGUCAAGACGACCCACACGUCAAGCUCACCCGAGUCACUCACUCCAAAGGACGCCCUCACUGAGACAGCGGUGAAAUCCCCAGCUACCACACCUAUUGCAGUGGCCACAGCUGUCGCUGUCGGAGUCGCCAGCGCGUAGUUUUUACUUGUCGUUACUUUCCUCUGUAAUUGUAGUUUAUUGGAUAAUGUAUAGUCGUUGUACUAUCA